GAGCAUUAGAGAUUCCGGGGAAAACAAAACUUUACUACCAGUUGACACUUUAAAAGUAAAGUAAACAAGAAUUAUUAUCAAUUAUUUCCUGAAUUUAAUAACUUAGUUAUGGCAGAUUUAUAUGACAGAAAUAGGCGUAGAAGAAGAAGAGAAAGAACAGACUAUGGAAGACAUAGUGAUGAUGCUUCACCCACUCCAAGUAAACCACCCGUUACGAUAUUGGGAUUGGCGAAACCCACAAGAACCCCGUCCAAUACUAAUGUUUUUGACCACUCUUCCAACGCUACCUUUAACUCGGGAACAGCAGAUGUAGAUUCAUCCGACAGCUCUUUUCAUCAAAAUAUUGAACACUCCGGUGAGCCCUUAUCGACCUCUGAUAAAUCAUCUGUUGUGGUCUUGUCUUCAGACACUAAAAGCCGUUUGACUCCUGUGAAGUCCAAUGAACCUGAUCCCCCAGACACUAGGCCAAAUGCCGAUGAUAAGACAUAUUCAGCUGAUGAUGGAUCUACAGGCAUCAUUAAAAGAACUUCCACUGUAAGCUCAGUUGGAAGUAUGAUUAGUGGGGUUAUAGAUCAGGGAGCUCAAACACAGUCUAAAUUGGCACCUCCUUUGGAAAAACAAGCAAAAGUCAAACUUAUUGAUGAAAAUUUACAGUGGUGUGAAAGUGGAGCAGACUUAAUGCUUGAACAAGCAGACUUUUUAGUUGUGGGUAUCGUGGGCCUUCAAGGAUGUGGAAAAUCUACAAUCCUAUCAUUGUUAGCUGGCAAUACUCACCAAGAUGCUUAUAGAAACUAUUUCUUUUUCCCACAAACCAAAGAAGCAAAAGAAGACUGUCUAUUUCAGACAGCAGGGAUUGACAUGUUUGUAACAUCAGAAAGAGUUAUUCUUCUAGAUACCCAACCAUUGCUUAGUGCUUCCAUGAUGGAUUGUCUUUUGCGCUAUGAACGAAAAUUUCCUUCAGAGUACACAUCUUUGCAAAAUUAUAUUGAAAUGCAAUCAAUGCAGCUUUUGACUUUCUUGUUGUCUGUUUGCAAUAUUAUCCUUGUUGCAGAUGACUGGUUUAUUGAUGUUAAUUUAUUGCGGCUAAUUCAAGAUGCUGAGAUGUUAAAACCAUCGACCCAACCACCUACUUCUUCAUCAGACAAUGCUGCAUCCAAGGAGGACGGCAUUGAUUUCUAUCCAACAGUUGUUUUUGUUCACAAUAAAGCUUCCAGAGAUGAUUUUACACCAGAGACAUACUUCUCUAUGCAGCAAGUGCUUCACAAAAUGUUUCUUUUAUCAAAGCUCAAAAUUCAUGGAGGCAUCAACAUGUCAAAUGACAGCAUAGCAGAGGCUCUAAUAGCAUCACCACCUGGUCUGGAUGACUGUCCUGUCAGUGACGUCAAUCUUCUUCUAAUUCCACAAAUGGAAUUUUACAAGUCUGAACCAGAGUGGCUACAAACAACAUUACCUGACUAUCGAGGUUACCCAAGCUUCAAUACUGUCCUCACUCAUUUCAGAUCACAAAUCUUAUCAGCUCCCAGAUCUCCCAUGACUCAUACUACUUUGACUGAAAAGAACUGGUACCACUUUGCUGCAAGAAUAUGGGAAUCCGUGAAGAAAUCUCCACUCCUUGCUGAGUACAAUCGUUUGUUGUCAUCAACAAAUUAG